GAGGGCGAUCUCGGUCUCGAAGAGACAGGAGGCGACGAGAUCGAAAUCCGCGAGCCCUCGGCAGAGCUGCUGCACGGCGUUUGGCCGGAUGCAGGAGACGUGGCCCUCCCGCUAUCGGAUCUCUGCAUUUGGGUAGAUCCCCUGGACGGUACCAAGGAGUUCACAGAGGGCCGGUACGAGUACGUAUCCACGCUCAUCGGGAUCAGUCAGCUUGGGCAGCCGGUAGCUGGGGUGAUCUCCGAGCCUUACAACCUGGACCCGCAGGGAGCCCUGGGCCGAAUUCUCUGGGGCUGCUGCGUGGAUCCGGGCAUUGCGGUCCACCUUUAUGGCGAUGACGCCUGGCAACGGCCACCGCGCCCACCAGGGCGGUGUUUGACCUUGGUAUCCCGGUCUCGCGCCAUCGGCGAGGUGGCAGAGGCUGUGGAGCGGCUGAAGGAGCCCGGCACAGGCGGAACCUGGCCACCUGGUGAUGCCGGGGCGCUGGUGACUGGGACGAUGGAAGCUGGUGGAGCAGGGCACAAGGUGGCCCGGGUGGUGGACGGCGCCGCGGACCUGUGGCUUUUCCCCAGGCCUGGCACCUCGCGCUGGGACACCUGCGCUGCGGAG